AUGACGACGACCUCGUAUCCGGGAUGCCACUGCGAAGGCUUCCAACACUUCCUCGACUUACCCCGUGAACUCCGCGACAAAGUCUAUUUCUUCGCAAUGGCAGAUAUGCCAACGCGACUCGCCAUAAACAAGCGGUCCACUAUUUCAAAAGUAGUCCUGUUACCACACGCCCUGCCCAAUCUAUGCUUCGCCAACAAACAACUCCACUGCGAGUCCGUGCCAGUCUUCCUCCAGCGCACUCGCUUCAUCUUCGAGCAGCCCCACGUCCACGAAAUGUACGCGUUCCAGCUCUUCGCGUCUCAGUUCCCGCGGGGCUUGCAGUCCGUGCGCAUGCUCUCCAUCUACGACAUCAUAUGGUACGGCGAGUCCUAUCUUCCCGGCGAAUUCUACCCGGAAGCGCUCGUGUCGCAGUGCACUGGGAUACGCAGCUUAAUACUUGAAGCUCGCGUACGGUCCCUGUCUCGUCUAACAGGGCGAUCUUCAGGCCAGCAACGCCAUACUGCGCGGUUGUAUUCGAAAGAUGAGUUAAAGACCGCGUGGGAAUUCGGCAAUCUGUUCGAGAUGAAGAAACUUACGUACCUGAAGUUUCGUUGCGAGAUCAGAGAGUAUGACUUGCGGUUUCUUGGCUUGAAGCGUGCGGAAGAUGUACUAGUGAACAUGGAAGCGGUUUUGAAAGAGGGGUUUGAGGAGAAGGGGAGGAGUGUGGAGGUUGUCGUGGAAGUGGAAGUGGAUGGAGACAAUAGAGUUUGA